AUGUGUGGAGAAGAGAGUCUUCUGAGGGCACUGCAAACAAGUACGAGAAUGGAUGAUAAGCAUGGUGACUUCCACAACACGCUCCUUCCCUUCGUAUUCACCAUCUGUUGCUUGUUGUCAAUCACAUUCCCACACUCCCACUCUCAACCACCACCACCACCACCACCACCGGCUCGUCUUCACCAGUCGUAUACGUACAGCAUAAACGUUUCCGCCAUCUUCUAUCCUUUCUGGGAACCCAACCCACCAUGUACCGCCCGUGACCCAUCCCAUCUCACCUGCUAUGCUUAUUAUGGUAAUAAUACUCCAAUUGUGUCUCCAAAUUUCACAGUGAAGGAGACCAACAACACCAUUCACACCAUGAAAGUUGAGCCAACAUACCCUGUCAACAGCAAUGUUUGUUCUCAUCAAUUUUUUGACAUUUGUUGGAAUUUGAACAAAAAUCUGUUCCAUUCUUCGUCAGUGCACAACAUCACCAUAUUCUUCGAUGGUUGUCUUGAUUAUAUCCCAGGUUUUCCUUUAAAUCGCAACUUUACUUGCGUGUCUGUGCAAUAUUUUGAGGAGGGAUACAAGGAGCAAGAGAUGCUCGAGAAAUACUCACUGCUUAAGAAUUGCAGGCAACGUUUGCACGUGACCACUGCCGCUCCUCUCGAGCAUUAUUAUUAUACUUAUGGUGGUGAAGUACUGAGAGAAGCUAUCAGUGAUGGGUUUGAGGUGUACUAUAGUGUUCCUCAAGAUUGCACAAGAUGCAACGAAACUGACGGAAGUUGUUGGAACGAUGGUAUUCUUCAACAUCUAGUUUCAUGCAACUAUUAUUGUUCAAAUGUAUCUAAUGCUCUACAACACUUAUAUCCUCCUAAAACUAGUAUGUCUUCUAUCCUUCUAUUCCUCUUUUCUUCAUUUCUCCUCCUCUCUUGUCUCAUAGCUUAUACUGUAACAAAACCAUCACCUCAACAAUAUGUUUAUUAG